AUGGUGGUGAGUGCUGGCAUAUGGCACAACAUGGUGGUGAGUGCUGGCAUAUGGCACAACGUGGUGGUGAGUGCUGGCAUAUGGCACAACGUGGUGGUGAGUGCUGGCAUAUGGCACAACGUGGUGGUGAGUGCUGGCAUAUGGCACAACGUGGUGGUGAGUGCUGGCAUAUGGCACAACGUGGUGGUGAGUGCUGGCAUAUGGCACAACGUGGUGGUGAGUGCUGGCAUAUGGCACAACGUGGUGGUGAGUGCUGGCAUAUGGCACAACGUGGUGGUGAGUGCUGGCAUAUGGCACAACGUGGUGGUGAGUGCUGGCAUAUGGCACAACGUGGUGGUGAGUGCUGGCAUAUGGCACAACGUGGUGGUGAGUGCUGGCAUAUGGCACAACAUGGUGGUGAGUGCUGGCAUAUGGCACAACAUGGUGGUGAGUGCUGGCAUAUGGCACAACAUGGUGGUGAGUGCUGGCAUAUGGCACAACAUGGUGGUGAGUGCUGGCAUAUGGCACAACAUGGUGGUGAGUGCUGGCAUAUGGCACAACAUGGUGGUGAGUGCUGGCAUAUGGCACAACAUGGUGGUGAGUGCUGGCAUAUGGCACAACAUGGUGGUGAGUGCUGGCAUAUGGCACAACAUGGUGGUGAGUGCUGGCAUAUGA